AUGCGCUCGGAAGAUGACCCGCUCCUCAUAUCGUCGGAGGUCUCCGUCAUCUUUGCGUAUGCAUUUGCGCGUGCACUGUGCACUGUCCUCAUCGACUCAGACUUUCCUGGGUGGGCCGCCCCCGUUUCAGCCGAGCCCGUGCGACUCGGUCACACGUUCACCUUUGCGGCGGGAUGUUCGUCUCUGUGGGUGUCGGGAGGGCUGUUGACGGGAGGCUUUGCCUAUUCCACCGUUUGCGACGAGCGCACUGCAGCUGUCUCUGGUGCACGCGUCGCUGCCGCCUCGCUCCUUCUCUACCUGCUUUUUGCGUUUUGCUCCUCCAUUGCGCUUGGCGCGUGCGUCGAUCCAUUUUGCGCUGACGCGGCGCUGUGGGAGCAGCCAAGUGCGCGGCUGCUAUCCAUUACUCCCGAACUUUUGCUCGGCGCACUCGGGGUCGGCCUAUCGCUCUGCGCCUGGCGGGUGUAUUACGUCAGCAUUCGUUCCCCGUGGUGA